AUGGAGACGGCGACAAACGUAGGCGAGGGCUACACGUAUACCUCGAGCUCCAUUGUGCGCGUAGCUCUCGCGGGGGGUAUCAUCGUGCUCGGCGUGUGUGCGUUGUUGCUGUUCGUCAAGAUCUCGGGAUGGCUGCGGUACCGCCAACGCACCAGCCGUGAACGCGCCCUUAGCGAGGCUCAGGAUAGCGAGCAGCGUGCGCGUGCAUUCGAACUAGCCGCGUGGGCCGAUACGCCUGGCCAAGCGCCCGUCACCAGGCGCGACACAACCCGCCGCCGGUGGUGGCAGCGCAUCAAGACCAAACCAGAAGAUAAAGAGAAGCGGCGCGGACUGCGGGGCAAGACAAACGCGUAUGCUGUGUACGAGUGGGAGGGGGUACCGCAGUAG